AACGGAGAAACGGAGAAACGAAGCAACCUAAAAACUGCACUUCAUCUAAUUUUUAACCUUCCAACAAAAAGUAACGUCCACAAAAUCUCCUUUUCCCCAUUUCUUAACCCUAACUUCUCUAUCUAUUCCUCGGCCAUGGCCACCACCGCUGAACCAGAGACUACGGCCAACGGCUCCCAGAAUCCAUCAGAGUACGACACACAAACCAUCGCCAUCACCACUACUACAACAACAAUAGCAGAAGCACCAGAAGCAGACACUGCGGAACCCGACCGAUUAACCCAAAACCCUGAGCUCGAUUCUAGUUCUUCUGCACCGCAACCUUCCACUGCUACUUCCACUACCACCGUGAAGUGGCCGGGUUGGCCUGGGGAUUGUGUUUUCAGGUUGAUUGUGCCGGUGCUUAAAGUGGGCAGCAUUAUUGGGCGUAAGGGUGACCUUAUUAAGAAGAUGUGCGAUGAAACUCGAGCUCGCAUUCGCGUGCUUGAUGCGCCCGUUGGCACUCCUGACCGAGUAGUGUUGAUAUCUGGAAAGGAAGAGCCAGAGGCACCUCUAUCCCCUGCAAUGGAUGCUGCGAUAAGAAUCUUUAAACGUGUUACUGGAUUUCCUGAGAGUGAUGCUAAAGCAUCUGGAGCUGCUGGUAUUGCUUUUUGUUCAAUUCGGUUGUUGGUGGCAUCCACACAGGCUAUUAAUUUGAUUGGAAAGCAGGGCUCAUUAAUCAAGUCAAUACAAGAGAGCACUGGUGCAUCUGUGCGGAUAUUGUCAGAAGAUGAAGUGCCAUUUUACGUUGCUGCAGAUGAGAGGAUUGUAGAUCUGCAGGGAGAAGCCUUGAAGGUCCUUAAGGCUUUGGAAGCAAUAGUGGGUCACUUGAGGAAGUUUUUGGUUGAUCAUAGUGUUCUUCCUCUUUUUGAAAAGAAUUACAAUGCAUUAAUCUCACAGGAACGCCAAGCAGAGAUGUGGAGCGACAAGUCCUUGCUGCAUGCUAAUGCUCAAGGUGGGAGUGACACUGAUUAUCCUCUCUCAGCAAAGAGGGAGUCUUUGUUCUUUGAAGUAGAAACUCCAUUUGAGUCGCAGAUCCCACCCUCCAGAAUUUCACUCUAUGGACAAGAUCCUGCAGUUACGUCAAUACGAUCUUCUGUACUCAAUCGUGCUAGUGGUCCUGUAGUCACUCAGACUGAAAACUCAAUAUCAUUGCCGCCUCUUGAUUGGUCUCUUUGCCUACUUCCUCUUUGCUCGGAGUCAUUCUAUUCCCUGCAGACAACCAAUGUUAUCAAGGCAAGAGGUGACACUAAAGCAACAGGGGUCUCCUACCGCCUUAAGCAUGAGGCGAGUCAACACCUUUUUGAGGUAACACAAACUAUGCAAGUACCAAUUUCUUAUGCUGAGGAAAUCAUUGGGAUUGGAGGCAAUAAUAUUGCAUAUAUCCGUCGCACUAGUGGAGCCAUAAUAACUGUGCAAGAAAGCAGGGGAUAUCCUGAUGAAAUAACUGUGGAGAUCAGAGGCACAUCAUCACAGGUUCAGAUGGCUCAACAACUGAUUCAGGAAUUUUUAAGCAAUCACAGAGAACCGGUCUCGAGCAGCUAUAGCAUGUAUGAGCCAGGACUGAGGUCUGUGUACUCUCAGAUGGACAGCACACGAUAUUCUUCAUCUUCGUUGUCUGGACAAUCGUAUGGCGGAUAUGGAUCUUCUGGUCUAGGAGGCUAUAGUAGCUUUAGACUCUGAAUGGGCAACCUGCAUCAUGGCUGUGUUUUUUAGAACAAUUCUAUUAUAUUUGAUGAUUUUUUAUUGAAAAAAAAAAAGAGAAAAAUCCUAGUAAUUCAGUGUAUGUAAAGUUGUUGAAAAGUAGGCGAGUUGAACUUGGCUAAUCUGUUUAUAUCUCAGAUGUUCUUCAAUAGCUGAGCUUUGGAAAAAAUGGUGCAAGAAAAUGGGAGGAUAUUCCUUUGCA